GUGAUUCGAGGAACACCAAAGACUUCUGAGGAUGACCAUAGCGACGAGGAGGCUCCAGAUCCAUUAAGAGACCACAGAUCGUACGCCGCGAAUCCUGAAAGCUGUCCCACUCAAAACGAAAGAUCUGCGCAAGCAGCGAUUAAUCCUGAAACCAAAGAAAGUGCCGCAGAGAACAAACCACUUCUUACGAGCCUCAAAAGCUGCCACAACCUGAACGAGGAAUACCAGCAUAUGCUGCUUGAGGCCAUUGAGCAACUGCAGAUUCUACUCCGAAGCAACAAAGACAACAAGAAACUGCUGGAGAACGCCGUGUCCCCAACCAUAUCUGGCCAGCUACAUGUGGGGUCUCGCUGGUACACAAGGUCACUUGUUGUUUUUAUGAAUCCUUACUUCAAGGACAUUCAUGGAAUGAGAGCUCCCGCAAAUGAAGACGAGAUGAAAAAGAAAGAUCUGCAUGAGCAAGACCCAUACCUCAAGGUUCCUAAAAUGUGGCACGCCAAGGAAACAAACUUGCUCCGCAACUCCGUGAAGUUGAAUCUUAUUAAAAUGAUUAUGGAGCCACUUACCACUAGGCUGGAAAUCCUGGAGCGACAUGCAAAAACUGACAAGGAAUCUUUUAAAAAGCUUCAAGAUCUUAAAGCACAAAUUGACAGCAUCAAAAAGAUGGGCGUUGCAGAGCUUCAGAAAAUGGCAAACAGGUCUGCAGACUGGCUCAUGAUUUCAGCAGUUGAUUUCCAAGCUGAACGAAGCCCUCUCUCAUGUGAACUGAUGUGGCAGAAUGCAUUGAGCAAGAGCACAGUGAAAUGGACAAAACAAGAGGAUGCACAGUUGAAAGCUAUUGCGAAGGAACAAAACUGCAAAGACUGGGACACUGUUGCAGAGCGCAUGGGGGGAACAAGAACAGCAUUCCAGUGUGCCGAGCGGUACCACCACAAGCUAACGUCAAGGAUCAAGAAAGGGCAUUUCUCGGAGGAAGAGGACAAGAACUUGCUGACACUCAUUGCACUGUGCCGGAAAGGAGACGAGAUACCUUGGACACAAGUGUCUUACCACAUGGAGGGCAGGACGAGGACACAGCUCUACUACCGCUGGGAGCGGGCACUCAACCCCGAUCUUCGUCGAGGAAAGUGGUCGAAAGAAGAGGACAUGAUGCUGAUCGCAGCAGUACAAGCACACGGGGAGCGCUGGACUCGGAUCAAGGAUUUCCUCCCAGGGAGGACGGCAAACCAGUGCAGAGAAAGAUACGUGAACUCUUUCUCUGGCAACUACACCUUUGGGCACUGGACUCCCGACGAAGAUGCCAAGCUGUUAGAUCUCGUCGCGAAGCAUGGCGCAGGCAAGUGGGCCCAGAUUUCAAGGGAAAUGCCAUCACGAAAUGACAACAUGAUCCUCAUGCGCUACAAGCGACUCACAAACAAGCACAAAGGAAAAGACCUACGUUCAGUUCAAGCCCAGAAUGCCCGACGUGCGAGGGCAAACUUUCUGCCCCCGUGCUGCCGCUUCACCUCAACGCAGAGGCGGUGUGCCAUUGUUCAUGAGCUCCAAAGCAGCCAGGUGAGGUGCUUAGACAGUUUCACCAGAAAAUGCUACAUAAACUCUCAGCUGGAUUCAUGUCUUGAAGAAGUGAAACAACCUUGUUAG